UGAGUUUUCCAUUUAUUUCCAGCAUUAGUAUUUAGGAAAUCGUUUCGGCAUUAUAUGAGAUGGAUGGUUAGUGAGUGCGUCCUGAAGGGGGCGCUGCUGCUCACUGCUGCAGCUGACUCCUGGUAGAAAAACAAGCAUGGCGGCGUCCAGUGUGUUCCGACCGGGCUUGUUCAACCACAAAGUAGCGAUAGUGACCGGCGGAGGAACGGGAAUCGGUAAAGCCAUCUCUUUGGAGCUGCUGGGACUGGGCUGCAGUGUGGUGAUCUCCAGCAGGAAAGCAGAAAGGCUGGAGGCAGCAGCUCAAGAGAUGAGAGGCAGGAUCCCCGCCAGCAGCCCUGCCAGCGUCACCCCCCUACCCUGUAACAUCCGCAGUGAGGAUGAGGUGAAGGCUCUGGUGUCGUCGGUGCUGAAGCAGUACGGUAGGAUAGACUAUCUGGUGAACAACGGCGGGGGUCAGUUCAGCAGCCCAGUGGAGCACAUAGCCUCCAAAGGCUGGAAAGCUGUGAUAGACACCAACCUGACUGGAACCUUUUACUGCUGCAAGGAGGUCUACACAGCCUGGAUGAAGCAGCAUGGAGGAGUGAUCGUCAACAUCAUCGCGGACAUGUGGAAAGGCUUCCCAGGCAUGGCCCACACAGGAGCGGCGAGGGCGGCGGUGGAUAACCUAACCAAGAGUCUGGCCAUGGAGUGGGCAUCCUCAGGAGUGCGGGUCAACGCAGUGGCACCUGGAACGAUCUUUUCCAAAACUGCGAUGGAAAACUAUAAGGAGCUAGGACCUCGUCUCUUCAAGAUGUCCAUCCCAUUUAGCCCUGCAAAGAGACUAGGAGUUCCAGAGGAGAUCUCGUCUGCUGUGUGUUUCCUGUUGUCUCCUGGUGCCUCUUACAUCUCUGGAGCUACUCUAAGAGUGGAUGCAGGACAGAGUCUUUACCACUCCAUGUGGGAGAUACCUGACCACAGCUCAUGGGCUGAAGCUCCACAGGGGGAAAACCUGGAUGCUUUGAAGGAGCUGCUCAAGCCACAAAGCAAACUUUAGUAAACUCUGUAACUUACAAAUGAACAAACAUUCAGACAGCAAGUGCCACAGAGAUACAGUUGCACAGCCAUCUUGGCAAUACGGUAGUAAAUAUGUAGAGUGAGAUUUAUUGUGAAUAUUGUGUACAAAUUUGUAUGUAAUUAGCAGGGAAAUGAAUAUAAGUUUCUUUCGAGGCAUAACGUUAAUUUAAAAUGUAACUAAAGGGUCUCUAUCAUGCAAUAUCAACUUUUGAGCUUUUAAUUGUAUGAUGCUAUUCCUUCAUCAAAAUCAUAACUAAAAUGGUAUUUUGCUUGAUUUGUGCAUGUCUGAGAAAUCCUUGUGAUUUUUGCUCUCAGAGCAGCCGCCUCCCUCUGUCCUGGGAAACAAGCGCCCCUGACCAAUAAACAACACGCCCAACAAACAGUGAUGUGAGGCAGAGCGUGAUCAUUUGUGCUGAAAAGAAAGAGACACUAAGUGGCUCUUUUAGCACCUAAUCUGCACAGCUACAGCUACUGCUCUUUUUGUAAUAACAUGCUGCAGUGGCUUUAGGGCGCCCCCACAUGGGGAGAGGCUGCAUCGCAGUAAAGGCAAGCAUCUUUCUUCCGUUUUGGAAAAAUAGUCACAGAGAACAACUAAUAUUUCAUAACAAAUGAAUACUCCGUAGUGCCAACAGCAAUAUUUCAUCAUAUAUAUGCCUAUAGUUGACUUUGGAAGGCUUAAAAGCAUGAUAUAGAACCUUUUUAAAAACAUUUUGAUUACUAGCCUUUUUAGUUGUUUUAAAAAUAAUUCAAUAUAUUUUUUUACCUAACCCUCAAGUGUUUUAAAAAUGGAAAUUUAAAAGGCUUAAAAAGGCAAAACACUGACACAGAUUAUGCAUUUUUGACUUGAAAUGUGCAGGAACCCUGUAAAAGGUAACAGCACCAUACACACUUUCCUAAAGAGCCUUUCUUUCUAUUUUUUAAUAUCUCAAUUUACCCUUAUUUUGUGUAGGUUCCGAUUCUUGUGACCAAUUUACACAUGAUAGUGCAAGCUAACAAUAAUUAGGGAUUUUUAAUAUGUGUAUUAUAAUCUACGUAAUACCAAGUUAAUGUUUUCAGGUUAAAUUGUGAACUGGAACAGUUUUAUUUCUCAUUUAAUGCAAACAUAGAGUUUUGGUUACAAUACAGUAAAUAUCUUUUAAGGUGAUUUUUUUUUUAAUAACAUGUUUAAGACACUACACUGGUAAACAAAUAAAAUCUAUAUACAAUACCAGUCAA